AUGUUAGCCGUGGGGCAGAUGGAGGCUAACCGGCCGGGCGCCUUCGUGCUGAGCAGCCCGCCGCUGGCCGCGCUGCACAACAUGGCCGAGAUGAAGACGUCGCUGUUCCCCUACGCCCUGCAGGGCCCGGCCGGCUUCAAGGCGCCGGCCCUGGGCGGGCUGGGCGCGCAGCUGCCGCUGGGCACGCCGCACGGCAUCAGCGACAUCCUGGGCCGGCCGCUGGCCGCGGCCGCCGCCGGCAGCCUCCUCUCCGGCCUGCCCCGCCUCAACGGGCUGGCCACCGCCGCCGCCGCCGGCGUCUACUUCAACCCGGCCGCCGUCGCCCGCUACCCCAAGCCCCUGGCCGAGCUGCCCGGCAGGCCGCCCAUCUUCUGGCCCGGGGUGAUGCAGGGGGCGCCCUGGAGGGACCCGCGCCUCGCCUGCCCCGCCCAGGCCGGGAUGGUUUUGGAUAAAGACGGCAAGAAGAAACACUCCCGGCCCACCUUCUCCGGGCAGCAGAUCUUCGCCUUGGAAAAAACCUUCGAGCAAACGAAGUAUUUGGCCGGGCCGGAGCGGGCCCGCCUGGCUUACUCGCUGGGCAUGACGGAAAGCCAAGUCAAGGUGUGGUUCCAGAACCGGCGGACCAAGUGGCGGAAGCGGCACGCCGCCGAGAUGGCCUCGGCCAAGAAGAAGCACGACUCGGAGACGGAGAAGCUGAAGGAGAGCUCGGAGAACGAGGACGACGACGACUACAACAAGCCGCUGGACCCCAACUCGGACGACGAGAAGAUCGCGCGGCUCCUGCAGAAGCACAAGGCGGCGGCCGCCGGCGGGCCCCUGGCCCUGCUCAGCCCCUGCAGCAGCGCCUCGGAGCCCUCCUGA